AUGAGUGAUUCUAUCUUUAUUUUGCUGUAACAAUUCUGUCAGACUUGUUUUGACUGCAGCUAAUUUUAAGUGCUGCCUCUAUCCAUGUUAUACGAUCAAAUUACAGAAAUGACCUGUUAAGCAGCGCAAAACAAUGCAUAACUAUAUGUUUUUAUGAUAAACAAAAUUUUUCUCAAAAACCUCAAAAGUAAUAUUUAAUGCCCAGUAUCGCUACUCUCAUUAGAACAAAAUAUUUAGUCUCUGAUUUUUGUAUACUUGAGGAUAUACUUUAGAUUCCAAUAGUGCAGUCAAAUUACAACAUAUUGCAUGACAUUUGUAUGCAAUAAUGGAAGAAGUGAGUAUCCCACAUGUAGAAAUAGCGUUGCCUAUCCUACUAAUAUUAUUAUACAUGUUUAUCUUGCAAUAUCUUUUAGUUGCAUGUAGAAUAAAUGCAAUAUAUGUUGUUUUAGUUUCUCUCCUGAUUUUAUGAUAAUAUCAGCACAUUAAAUUAAAUUAGCAAAACAUGUAUUACUUCAGAAAUUUAGUGAAUGCUCUAAUUGUAUUCUAAGCAUUAAACUAGUACAACAAGUAUUGAAGUUGCCUAUCACGUGUCCAAUUUACUUCGUUAAUAUACGUCAAGUUGUAAUUUUGAUACACGCCAUCUGUUACAAGCUGAGUAGUUAUUCUAAGUAUUUUUCUAAUAACAAAUGUUUGCUAAUCCUGUAUUUAAGGAUGUUAACCUGA